AUUCACAGCAUCUUUUUGAGCCGAAUGUUAUUUGUUUCUAUGGCCGAAUUUAUUUGUAUCUAUCUUCUAUCUUCUUCCUCACCGUCAAGUUGUCUCUACACAAAAAGUACUCAUGGCCAGUUCUCUUCAAAAGCCUAGCCAUUGAAUUAACCACUCAAUAAAUAUGGAUACAUUUUCACAAAAAGUACCCAACAUUAUUACCAGACUUUAUACGAUAUCACACAAUGAAAGAAGAUGAAUUCCUAUGUUGUCAGCUUGGUUUCUGGGUGUUUCUGAUUAUAUGUCUGGUGCUUGUGUCACUGGCAGGCAUUGCAUCAGGCCUAGCUCUAGGACUACUGUCCUUCAGCCAAGUGGAUCUUGAGGUACUCAUUAAGGCCGGUCGACCAAAAGACACAAAACAUGCAGAAAGGAUUCAACCUUUUGUAAAGAAUGGACAUUUUGUCCUGUGUACACUUCUUCUAGGAAAAUCACUGGCCAUGGAGGCACUGCCAAUUUUUAUGGACUCAAUCAUCCCAACUUGGUUUACUAUUCUGGUGUCAGCACCCUUGGUGACUGUGUUUGCAGAGAUUUUACCUCAAGCUGUGUGCUCUCGAUAUGGACUAACUUUAGGAGCAAAAAUGGCUCCCUUUGUUCAAUUGCUUCUGCUGAUCUUCUUCCCUAUAACCUAUCCUGCUAGUAAGGUGCUGGAUUGGGCUCUAGGGAAAGAACAUUCAGUUCUUCUCAGAAGAUCAGAGUUGAAGACAUUUGUGGACUUACAUGCAAAUGAGGCAGGGAAAGGUGGAGAGUUAUCACAUCAUGAAACUUCUAUAAUCACAGGUGCUAUAGAUUUGACUAGGAAGACAGCUAAAGAUGCAAUGACACCCAUAUCUGAAACUUUUUCUCUUGAUAUAAAUUCAAAACUUGACAUGCAUACAAUGACACAAAUAAUGAGCAAAGGUCACAGUCGAAUACCUAUACAUUCUGGGCACCCAAGAAAUAUUAUUGGCCUCAUAUUGGUUAAAAACUUGAUAUUCUGCCGCCCAGAAGAUGAGACCCCAAUAAAGAAUUUGAUUAUAAGGAAAAUUCCAAGGGUUUAUGAAAGUUGGCCACUAUAUGAGAUAUUGAAUCAAUUCCAGAAGGGUCACAGCCACAUGGCUGUUGUCUUGAAAUCCAACAAAGACACAGAGAGCACUAUGGGCGCACCUACCUUUUUGAAUAUAAUUACUAAUAAAAUAUCAAACGCGGCUCAAGUUUCUGUAGAAUCUGAUUCUUCCUUUGUCCUGGAAAUAAGUCAGAGAAGUUCUGUACAUGAAACCAGUUUAAACUCUAGUGAUGCAGAAUUUCAUAGUCCAACAUUAAAAAAUGUAAUGGAACUAGAUGGUGAAGUACAUCGAGAAUCCAACCAGUGGGAACAAGAAAAUGAAUAUUUCUCACAAGAACAAAUAGAGUCUCUUCCAGAUGUUAUAAAUGAGGAGGUUAUUGGCAUCAUCACAAUGGAAGAUGUCAUGGAGGAACUGUUACAGGGAGACAUACUGGAUGAAACUGAUGAAUAUGUUCACGUUCAAAAGAACAUUAGAAUUAACCUGCUGCAAUCUCUAAGGUCACAAUCAAGAUCUUCAAGGAGGGAUUCUGGUUCUGGUCAUCGCUAAAGAACUUUCUAACAUUAUUUAUUAUGUUUAGUCUCAGCGACAUUAAGAUUCCAAAAGCUCAAGUGUGGAUACUUUUGUUCCAACAUCAUGAUUUUGAUUUCCUAGAUAUCAAUAGAAUUUAAUUCAAAUACAUUGACAGUGAAAAGAUUUUUUUACACUGUCAUAGAUUACCAAGUAAGAUAGUUUACUUUUGUAACAAUUAUGUUAAAAAUUAUAUUUAUAGUGAUUUCUAAUUGGUUGACAG